AAGGAAUAUAAUAUAGUAAAAAAUAAAUAAAUAAAAAAGAGGGAGGAAGAAAGGGUGGUUAAAUUAAAGUAAGCAGAGAAGAAGUGAGAAGAGAAGGGGACUGAAGAAUGGAAUUGAAAUGGCAAUUCUCUUUGGUACUGCUGUUGGCGACAUCCUUUCACCUUCAACUACACUACGUUUCAGGUAAAGAUAAUGGAGUUUGUAUUUCACCUGGUGGUCGCUUUCCAAGAUUUUCAAAUGAAGGAAAACCUCCAAGAAAAGUAAAAAAGGGCCCAAGAGAUUUGAACCUCUGUAGGGUAUUUCGCGGGAAAACUUGCUGUGAUGUAACACAGACACAUCCUGCUUUUAUGUCCAUUAGGAGGCUUGCUUCAACCGGAGAAGCGAGCCAGGAGUGCUUGCACUUAUGGGAGAUGUUAGAAUGUUCAAUCUGUGAUCCACGUGUUGGUGUGCAGGCUGGACCACCUGUUUUAUGCACCUCUUUCUGUGACAAAGUAUACCAAGCCUGCUCCAACGCAUACUUCUCCAUUGAUGCUAAGACACAGGUUUUAGCACCCUGUGCUGUAAACGACUUUGUGUGUGGUAGAGCGUCCGAAUGGAUCUCUAAUGGGACAGAGCUCUGCCGCGUUGCAGGUUUUUCGGUGAAGUCUUUGUCUGAUGAUCCAGAAGAAGUUUCUUGCUAUGGUGGAAAAUCUAGUGUGGAUUAUAUUGCCGAUUCAUGGCGAACUUCACGAUCCAAGGUGCAAGAGAAAGCUGACAGUUCUGGAUUAGUGGAAGAUUUCAAGCAAUGGCUGGAGGACAUGACAUUUAAAGAGAGAAUAUCUUGGGCUGUAGGAGGCAUGGUUCUUACAGCAGGACUUCUAUUUACCAGUCAAAGGAAAAGCCAUAGGCAACGCCAGAAACUAGCGGCCCUCCAACGUACUGCUAAGAAAUUAGAAGGAAGGGGGAGUCCAAGAUCUCCUACAACUUUAGGAAGCCUAAAGGGAAGUUAAAGAUGAUAACUAACUCCUUACUAAAAGGAGGUAUUUCAGCUUGUUAUUAUACUCCCUGAUGAAAUUAGCAAUGAAUACAGAUUUCAAUUGUUCUUGUACUUCAAGUGUAAACCAGUGAAGAAAAUUUUUGGUGCAACUCGGAUGUCCCUGCCUCGCCUCUCUCUCUACUUCUUAUAUUUUUUGGUGCAACUCGGAUGUCCCUGCCUCGCCUCUCUCUCUACUUCUUAUAUCUUGUUGCCUAGGGUGCUCUUCUCAGAAACCAUAUUGGUCUUGAGUCUUGAUUUUAAAGGCAAGUUUGAUAACACGGAAACCGCUGGAAUCUAUAAGCCAUUCCAAUUCCCUUGUGAUAGCAUCAAGUGGGUUCUCUGUUGAAAGUGCAGGCAUGAGUCCGAUUACAGAAGAUGAUCGGUUGCGGUACUUGAAUUUAUACUUGGUUCUUUUAAGUGAUGGAUUAACCACAUCAUUAUACGCAGAUUUACGGAUUGUUAAUGGAUGGUUUCUGUUAAUUACCAAAACACUAUCAGCUUUUAAUUAAGAAUGAGCGGUUAAAUUUUGA